UGUUAUUGCAACAAAUCCAGCUGGUCAAGAUUCAACAAUAUGUUCAGUAGGUGUUGUACCGGAUACAACAGCUGUUGAUGAUCGACCUUUUGUACCACAAGAUAAGUUCCGUAAUUUGGAAGCUCCUGAAGGAAAGGGACCACGACGAUUAGAAAUAGUACCUGGUGUUGAUGUUCAACCAUUUGUUCCACCAGAGAAAUUUCAUAAAUUAGAUCAUGUUCCACCAUCUGAAAGACCAGACGUAGAGUUAGUAGAACCAAAACGACCACCACGUGUUAUUGUACCAUUAAGUAAUUAUGAAUUGGAAGAACUUAUGCCAGUGAUACUGACAACUACAAUUGAUGCUGGUGUUCCGAUGGCUACAUUUACUUGGUAUAAAAAUGGUCAGCCACUUCUUGAAGGCAAUCGAUUUACUACAAAAUAUGACAUUCUUCCAAAAGUAUUAACAUUACAAAUUCUUGCUGCUCGUCCUGAUGAUCAAGGAACUUAUACAGUUCGUGCAACAAAUCCGGUCGGUAGUGAUGAAACAACAUGUAAAUUAACAAUUCGACCUGUGGCAUCAAUUGAUACACGACCAUUUGUACAACCAGAACAUUUUGCACAAUUAGAAGUUAAAGCUCCACCUCCAACGAAAGAAGACAUGGAAAAGAUGGAACCACCAAAAGUUAUUGUACCUUUGAAACCUAUGCAAGUUAAGGAAGGAUCACCUGUUCUUCUCCAAGCAACUAUUACUGGAAAACCAAGACCUAAUUUUGUUUGGUUGAAAGAUAAUAAACCAUUAACAGCAUCAAAUCGUCUUCGAACUCGAUAUGAUAUUGGUACAAAACAAGUUUUAUUACAAAUUAAUGAUAUUCGUCCACAAGAUGUCGGUGAAUAUGUUGUUAUUGCAACAAAUCCAGCUGGUCAAGAUUCAACAGUAGGUUCAUUAAGUGUUGUACCAGAUAAACCAGGUGUUGACGAUCGACCUUUUGUACCACAAGAUAAAUUCCGUAAUUUGGAAGCUCCUGAAGGAAAAGGACCACGACGAUUAGAAAUAGUACCUGGUGUUGAUGUUCAACCAUUUGUUCCACCAGAGAAAUUUCAUAAAUUAGAUCAUGUUCCACCAUCGGAAAGACCAGACGUAGAGUUAGCAGAACCAAAACGACCACCACGUGUUAUUGUAUCAUUAAGUAAUUAUGAAUUGGAAGAACUUAUGCCAGUGAUACUGACAACCACAAUUGAUGCUGGUGUCCCAAUGGCCACAUUCACAUGGUAUAAAAAUAAUCAACCACUUCUUGAAGGCAAUCGAUUUACUACAAAAUAUGAUAUUCUUCCAAAAGUAUUAACAUUACAAAUUCUUGCUGCUCGUCCUGAUGAUCAAGGAACUUAUACAGUUCGUGCA